AUGGGACAACUAUCUCAAGGGACGGCAAUGGGAGCCGGCAGAGAGGGCAUUGUGGAAGCUCACAGCUUAGGUUGUGAGAACAGAGAACUGUUUGCGGUGAGGAUCUUGAAAAUGUUUAUCAAGUCAGACUGGGUCGUCCAAACCAGCAGAGUCUCUGAGACUGUCGUGGAUCGUCAACCAGGAAGAACUGCACGACUUGAACUCCGGAAACUCUGGAGGAUGGACGGGGAAAACCGCGGGUAUUUUGGCGGGGAAGAAGGACGAGACGUACGUACUGCAGCGGCGCUUCGAAUCUCCAAAAUCGUCAAGCACGGGCCAGAGCAAGGACAAAGUAAAGACCCGCACUUUAACCGCUUCGUCCAAUCAUCAAAUCCCCCAGAGCUACUCAGUUACUCGCAGCAAGCCGAACAUAUCAGUGUCGUGCAGAAUUACUCAUUUUCUGUUUCAAUCUCAACUUUGUUGGGAAGCUUUCCAUCAAGUCUAGCCACGCUUCCUCAGACUAAAUUUCAGCUUCGUCAAGUGACACUGGAGCUGUUCUUCUGCCGAGUCCAAUCUCACCCCAAAAGGGAAAACCUAAGCGCUACUUUCCUCAUACUGCACUGCUUCGCAUUGCGGGCCAUCUCACUCUUCAUCCUAAAGCGGUCAUCUCAACCACGCAGAGGGGUCUCAAGUUGCACCGUUGCCCACGAUUAUAUCUGUUGGAAUGGCCGCAAUGAAAUGCCCUCCAUCUUUGUCUUUGCUAUCUCAUCAUCUUUUUCCAGAAUUGUUCUCUCACUCCCAAGCAAGAGAACCUCAUUGAUACCAAGUGCUUCUUUGCAUCUUCCUUACGAUUGCGUCACAAACCCGACGGCCAACUGCUACUGCUACCCCUCAUAA